UUAUAACCACAUGGAUUGGUUGAGAUGAACCCAGCAUUCCGUGACUACAACGAACGCACUGAGCAAAUGGAAAAAGUAUUGCGUAACCUGCGUUCCGAGGGAUUAUUUCCCGCGCUACAGGGAUGGAGGGAUGAGUAUUUUGAGGUGAAGUCCGAGCGCAGGGCACUGCUAAAAAUGGAAAGGGCAGCAACACCGCUUUUUGGUGUACGCAAGUACGGCGUUGAUAUCAACGGUUACGUGCGACAUCCUACCCAUGGUUUAUGCAUUUGGCUGCAGCAGCGAUCCAACACAAAAGAAACGUGGCCUGGAAAAUGGGAUAAUAUGGUCGGCGGUGGACUAUCUGUAGGCUUUGGCAUUAAGGAGACAGCCAUUAAAGAAGCUGCUGAGGAGGCAUCAAUUCCAUAUGAUAUUGUAAAAAAUUUGGUGUCUGCUGGAUGUGUCUCUUUUUACUUUGAAAGCCGGCAAGGGCUUUUCCCUAAUACAGAAUAUGUGUUUGACUUGGAGCUGCCGCUCGACUUUGUUCCCCCGAAUUCUGACGGAGAAGUGCAGGCUUUCGAACUGCUUCCAGCCAAGGAGCGCGUGGAGCGGGUUUUCACCCCAGAUUUCAAAACAACUUCAGCGCCGGUGGUAAUUGAUUUCCUUAUCCGACAUGGGCACAUAACUGCAGAUGAUGUGGUAGAUUUUACGCAAAUUGUUGAGCUCUUGCACGUGCCCUUACAGUCCCUUUAUACGUACAAGGCGCGGUUGGAGCUGGCCCAAAAGCACCAUCAUAACUUGCCUGACGAUGCCAAAAACUGCCACUGUGGAAGUCUACAAAAAAAAUCGGUGGAAAAUGGGCAUAAGAAAGCAGCUUAAUCAAACAGAUUUAUUUUUGUGGGAAUAUUAUUUGGAGUGGGGCUUAAAGCUAGUUUAGUUCUAAGUGUCAAACGAGACCCAAUAGACUGGUUUCAAAGUGUAUUUCCUAAAUCUAAGCCAGAAACAAAUAACAGAAGUAACCAUGUUAUAACCAAAUCAACCAAACAGCAACACAAACAAAUUCCGAUCAACAUUAUAAUUUAACAUCGCUAGGGGCGGAACACUUAAUGUUUAAAGCUUAAAUUC